AUGUUUGCAAUGUGGAUCAUUCCCCUUUUUCUUCUCGAUGUAGCCAGAGGAAGGGAAGUUUGCUACAAAAGGCUUGGGUGCUUUGAAGAUACUCCCCCUUGGUCUGGGAUCCCAGGGAGAGAGCUAACAGGUUUGCCUAGCUCUCCAGAAGAUGUGAACACCAUUUUCCUUCUUUACACUAGAGACAACAUCAUGAAACAUCAGCAAAUUUCUACUAAGAAUCCUUCAACUAUCAAAGCUUCGAACUUCCGAGCGCACAGGAAAACACGCAUCCUCAUCCACGGCCACCUCGUUGGAGCAGACCUCCCCUGGAUAAAGACUAUGUGCAGGUCCAUGUUUCUUGCUGAAGAUGUGAACUGCAUUUUGAUUGACUGGAGAGGAGGCUCUAGUGGUCUGUACACCGACGCAGUUAACAACGUCCGCAUCGUGGGGGCCGAGCUGGUGUCUCUGGUGAACCUUCUGGAGAAGGACUACGGCUACUCUCCUGCCAACAUUCAUUUGAUCGGCCAUAGUCUUGGAGCACAUGCUGCAGGGGAAGCAGGGAGAAGGAAACCUGGCAUUGGAAGGAUAACAGGUUUGGAUCCAGCUGGGCCCCUCUUCCAGUAUACUCCCACAACAGUUAGGCUGGAUCCUUCAGAUGCUAAAUUUGUUGAUGUAAUUCAUACUCACGCUGGUCAUCUUUUCUUUGACUUUGCUCCAGGGAUUCUUCAGACUUGUGGCCACCUGGAUUUUUACCCAAAUGGUGGGAGGCAGAUGCCAGGAUGCAGGCAGCUUCGUGUACCUCCUGCAACUCGGAAUAUCAAUGACCUUAUGAGAGAAUAUAGAUCUCUUGGAUGUGGACAUAAAAGAAGUCUCCGGUAUUAUGCUGAGAGUAUUAUCACUCCAAAGGGAUUUGUUGGGUAUAGGUGUGAAACAUAUCAAGCUUUUGUAUUGGGAAACUGCUUCCCAUGUCCAAAGGAAGGAUGCCCACUGAUGGGUCAUUAUGCUGAUGAGUUUAUAUAUAAAACUGAAAAAGAACAGCAAAAGGUUUAUUUAAACACAGGGCCCUCCCCUCCGUUUGCUCGCUGGCGAAAACAGAUACAUGUCAGAGUAUCUGCAACAGAAACCAUGAAGGGAAAUAUAGAUGUAGCCUUGACUGGAACUAAUGGGAUCAGGAAAAGAUAUACAAUUGACAAGGGAGCUUUUCAACCAGGCAACACAUACUUUAACUAUAUUGACACAGAAAUCUCUGGGAACAUUUCAAAAGCUGAGUUUCUCUGGCAAAAGCAUCCACAUGUACAAAGAGGCUGCAUGGGAGCUGAAGAAGUCACAGUAAUAUCAGGGGAAAAUGGAAAUGUCUGUGUUCUGUGGCUGUGGAACUGUGAGAUCCAGCACGUGGCAAGCCCUGGCUCCUUGCUGAGGCUGUGAUUGUCCCCUGGGGCAGCCCCUCAUCAGCCACUUCUUCAGCCAGCAGCAAACUGUUCACAAAGCUUUCAAUACAUGGUGAAAAAUUUGCCCAGCCCACUACAAAAGCUCUCUUUCCAUAUUAGUGUCAUCAGCUUUUAUCCACACAGGGGAGUUACACUUCUGUGA